AUGGCUACGUGCCCUGUGGCCGCCUACCCCGACCCCUCCGCGGGGUUCCCCCCGCAUCUGCAGGCCGGCGCGAUGCGGCGUCGCUUCUGGGGCGUGUUCAACUGUCUGUGUGCCGGCGCGUUCGGGGCCCUUGCCGCCGCCUCCGCCAAGCUGGCCUUCAGCAGCGAGGUGCAUGUGGGCUUCUGUGCCUUAGGCAUUGUUAUGAUGGCGACCACCAACUCUCUGAUGUGGACGUUUUUUAGCCGGGGUCUCAGUUUCUCCAUGUCUUCGGCCGUUGCAUCUGUCACGGUGACCUUUUCAAACAUCCUCAGCUCGGCCUUCCUGGGUUUCCUGCUCUACGGAGAGUGCCAGGAGGUCCUGUGGUGGGGAGGCGUGUUCCUCAUCCUCUGCGGGCUCAUCCUGAUUCACAGGAACCUCUUGCCAACCGGGAAGACCCUUCCUCACAAGCAGCAGUAGCAUCAGUUGGCUGGACGGGUCAGCUAGACAGAUGACGAUGGUGGCUCAGGCCUGGGCUGGCGCAUGGGGACACCGCCCAGGGUGAUCUGGGGUGCCGCCUUCCGACCGUCAGAUGGAGGGAGAUGCUGCCGCGGGCUCUCGAGGGCCAACUGCUCUGCCUCCCGUAGGGGGGCCGCGGCGCGGCAGGGUGCUGCCUGAAGCACCCAAUGCAUCUGCACUGUGCGCUGAUUCUCACCGCCCCAGGCCCGCCCAGGGGCCUCGGCAGAUGCCAGAGACCCCGGCAUGGUCUGCCCGUGGAUGGACUGGAGCUACGCUGUGACUGCUGUCCUGUGGCCUGACAAAGGCCAGCCACGUCACACGGGAAUCAGUGACUGGUGGGGCUUUCAGGCAGCUUCAUGCUUUGUGUUGGGCCAUCGGGCUCAUGCUGGGUUACGGCAGGAGAAGAGAGACUGGAUCGAUGCUCUUUUGUAAGUUAAAACUACCAGGUGUGGAAUCCUAAUUC